GUACUUCCGGUUCCUGUAUGUAGUCUAGAACAGCCAAAAGAAAGGGGGGUAGAGUAGAGUAGCAAUGACUCUUCAUAUUACUACAGUAAAAUCGGCGUCAAUUUUGCCUUCGAUUUAAGAAAGAGGGGGUAGACUUAGUUUUCAUGAUUUCUAGUAAUUUAGGCCUCUCGCUAACGGAAGAUAUGCUGGAUAGCACCUUUGAAUGAGAGAUUUCUAGACUACUUUCUAAACCGGAAAUACAGCUGUAUUUUCCCAGAACCCGGGUAGAAGGCUGCAGUAAUCUUCAGUGUGCCAUGCCAGUUUCCCGGCCCUGAAUUCUCUCUCAAAACGGUUCCGAGAUCGCUGCAAUGUUGCCCCUGCACGGGAAAGAUAAGGAGUUUAAGCAGGGAAUCGGGAAAAGUCUACAGAGGAAAAUUUCUAGCUGGAUUCGUGCAAUCUUCUCCGACCCGACGUCGAAUCUCUUCGCGUUCCUGACUUUGAAUCUUUCCUUCGCGAUCGUGGAGCUUCUGUACGGAAUAUGGACGAACAGUCUCGGGCUCAUCUCAGACUCAUUCCACAUGUUCUUCGACUGCACGGCUCUCCUGGCUGGCCUCGCUGCUUCUGUUGUCUCCAGAUGGAGAUCUACUGAGAACUUUUCUUAUGGGUUUGUACGAGCUGAAGUUCUGGCAGGCUUCAUCAACGGUCUCUUCCUGCUGUUCAUCGCCUUCUUCAUCUUCUCUGAAGCUGUAGAGAGGAUAGUGGAAGUUCCCGAGGUGCACCAUGAGCGUCUGAUGGUGGUGUCAAUCAUGGGGUUCGUGGUGAACCUGGUGGGCAUCUUCGUGUUCCAGCACGGAGGGGCGGGGCACGGACACUCGCAUGGAGGUGGAGGCCAUGGUCACUCCCACGCUAACGGUGGGGUCAGCCACGGUCAUGGUCACAGUCACGGGGGUCACGGACAUUCCCACAGUCAUGGACACGGACACUCCCAUGGACUAGGUUUAGGAGGAGAUGACUGCACAGAACCACAACAACCGUCAUCAUCACAGAACCAGAUACUUAAAGGUGUCUUCCUGCACAUCCUUGCCGACACGCUAGGGAGCGUCGGUGUGAUCAUCUCAGCCUUCCUCAUGCAGCAGUUUGGCUGGAUGAUAGCAGACCCCAUCUGUUCCAUGAUUAUAGCUACACUUAUAGGAGUUAGUACGAUCCCGUUGAUACGUGACUCCGUCAGCAUCCUGAUGCAGAGGACACCAUACGACCUUGACCAUCAACUGCCGGGCUGCUAUCAAAGAGUAAUGGCACUGGAGGGAGUCUACAGUGUACACGAACCCCACUUCUGGACCCUCUGCAGUGAUGUCUACAUCGGAACAGUCAAGGUCGAGGUUGCCCCAGAAGCAGACGCCAAAUAUAUCCUGAGUGCCACACAUAACAUCUUCACACAGGUCGGUGUGAGACAACUCUACGUGCAAAUCGACAGGGCGGAGAUGUGAGGAGGAACGGACCAUUACAGAAACAGGGAGGACAGGCUCCUGUUUCCUCCUCCCUGUACGAACAAGUGAAAUAGUCUAGUCCUGGUUCAGCUUGAUGCAGUCAUUGAAGCUUUUAUUUUAGACUUUGAGGUAGGAUUUUCACCAAAAGUCCUCUAUGGUUUGAACCACAUUAUAUAUUUUCUGAUGAUGACAUUCUUUGUAGACACUGAAUCUGAUGUCGGAAUGUAUGAAAAGUACUUCACCCCCAAAAAAGUGAGAAUUUUUUUUGGAUUAACUUUCAGUAAAGUUGGUAGAGUAUAGAACACAGAAAAUCGACCAAAAUCAUUACACAUGACCAGCAAAACUGAGUUACUUUUAGCAAUUGUUUAAACCUAAAACAUACAAUAGGUUCAACUUUUUAAACCUUUAUCUGUCAAUCUUUACAAGGAUGUCAUCUCCAGAAACUAGAUCAUGUGGUUUAUUGAAGUUAUGUCAAUAUCUUUUAAUCUGAAAAGUGCCCUAUGUAUAAUUAUUGUAUGAUCAUAAAUGCUGCCA